AAAUAACAGUUUUGAAACCUCCCAGUCCCGUUUUCAAAUAAUGUGGUUCAUUUUCAUAUAGAUAGAAAAAAUGCUUCCAAGCUUUUUUAUUGUAAGGCAGAUAAAUUGCAUAUCGAGGGUACAGAAACGGUUCGCGGGUCAUAACAAAUGGUCCAACAUCAAACACAUCAAAGCGGAAAAGGAUGGGCAGCGGUCUCAGCUUUUUUUCAAACUGAGCCAAAAGAUAAAAGUUGCUAUUCAAGAAGGAGGAUCGGCGAACCCAGACACCAAUUUACAGCUAGCUCAAGCAAUUGAAAAUGCCAAGAAGAACCAGAUGCCGAUUGCUACCAUCCAGAGCACUAUAAAUGCCUUUCAGAUGGAUAAAGCAAAAGUGACCUCAUUUUGGUUUGAACUCAAAGGUCCGAAAGGUGCCUUUUUUGUCAUCAGUACAUUAACUGAUAAUGUGAAAAAGACAAAAUACACCAUUGCUCCUCUCCUUCGUAAACACGGGUUAACAUUUGCAGAAAACAGUACCAAACAUCUGUUUGACUACAAGGCUGUAAUAACGGCUAAACCUCCUCCAGAUGUCAAGGAUCCGGCUGAGGAAACUGUCGACCAUGCCAUUGAGUGUGGCGCUGAAGAAGUUUUGGCUUCUGAGGUAGAAGAGAACCUCUUUGACUUUAUAUGCUCGAUGGACCAGAUAAACCACGUCAAAGGAAAACUGUUGAAAAUGAAUUACACAGUUGAAAAGGCUGAUUUCAACCUGAUACCUAUAUCAAGGGUAGCACUUACUGAUGAUGAAAUGGAAACGAUGAGUAAGUUGGUGGACAAACUUGAAGCCUUACCAGAAGUGAUUAGGAUUUAUGAUAAUAUUCUUUAACUAUUAUGUUAAUAUCAGUUUAAACUAAAUAUGUACAUAAAAAUAGAAGGUAAAAAACGGGAUAAUUUUAAUAAAUAUACAAUAUUAAAAAAAAUAUAUAUAUAUAUCACAGACAUUCUUUGUUUUUCUUCUUUUUCUUUUUAAAAAUGUUUUGUUCAUUUUCAACUUCACAAUCACCAUUUUGUGAAUAGAUAAAGUCUGUACAAUUUUUCCGUUUUGUUUUCUUCUUUUUUCUUACUGAAUCUAGACUAAUUUCACUAUUUACUUCUUGUGAUAUUUCAUUCUGUUCUUGUAUUCCAUAUUUAUGCCCAAAUUUAUGUUUUUUCUUCUUAAUACUAUUUAUUUCAUCAUU